UAGCGAAACGCAAGUACAAAGUCCCUGAUGGAAAACAGGGAAGAUUAAUGUACUCAGUAUCUAACUAAUGGCUCUUUGGUUGAAAGCUUAGGAAUGAUCUAGGAAUGCAUGGAAAUAUCCUCAAGAUUGAUCUAACACUACAGUACCCCUGGGUCACUUUGAAUGUUGAAAUCAUUCGCACAUAAUAUACAUGUGCAUAGCCAUCCGAAGUGAGGAUUAAAAAUACCGGGCUCGACAUGUCUUCGUACUCGGUGGCAGUUGAAGUAUAUACUCGGACGAACCUGAUGAUAGCCCUGGUUGUUCUAACAACUAUCUUCAAUGGCUUUCCCAACAUAAACUUUCUCAUUCUUAUGAUAUUUCUGUCUUCAGUUAUGCCUUUGCCAACCAAACCGAUCAUAAGUGCGAUAGAAGUCUUUGUUCCAAGUAUCUUUGUAGUCAUUCGGUUUUGGUUAAAGUCUUCAAUAUGGCUGCUAACGCUUCUGUUACAUCCCUCCAUGGUCGUCUUAAAUUUUCUGUUUUUCACCCUGAUGGAGGGAGGUCUGCAUGUAGUGGUUAGCACUCUCAGAAACGCCAGCAGAUUCCUUUCACGUACAGUGGUUGGAUAUGGUUUAACACUAUUCUUGUUGCAGUUCCAAAUGAUCUUUCUAGUUUUUCGGAUUAUUUCCCGACUUCACGAAUGGAUGACUACCGUGUUGACUAUCAUUCGGUAUACCAGAAGGAUAUCUCUUAUCAUAUUGACAAUAAUCUCUCAAUCCGCGAUAUUUCACUUGGCGGAACAAAAACUAUUCAAAACAAUGAGGGCCGCAUUAAAGUUGGUUUUAAUGCUAUCUUUCGUCUUCCUGGUAGUUCCUGGACCUGUUUCCAUUGCCAACUMCGUGGUAACAGGCCAUUUUCAUCCUGGAUCCAUUUUAAGGUUCAAGUCAUGGCUUGCACAAGCACCCGACCCUUUAUACACACACUCGCCCUUCCUGGAAAACUGUUUCUCUUCCUGGACAGCCUUGAGAACAGUUCACUUCUUCAUCAUGACGCAAGCCCUUGCCUACAACUCUUGGACGACACCUACGCAUAUUAUAAAACUAAAAGAGCGACUCGACUCUUGGGUAGUCGUUAUCAUAACUAUAUUUUUAGGUCUGGUUCUGGUGUUUCUGUCCRAUAAUUAUUUUAUGAGCCAGGUACUCCAUGUUGUCGUAGCCGUCGGUAGUCUGGCCUUGUUUGUAUUUAUACUCGAUGGCUAUCGUAAGUUCCAUUACCUUCUAUCUUUCUACGGUUUGGGUACUAUACUGGUCAUCGCCCAAGACGCACUGGUUGUAGCGUACGAAGUAUUUGCUACGAUCAGUGCCACGAAAUCAAUCAAUGUGUCGCUAGUUAUAAYGGGCGCUCUGACGUUGUGGACGUGUUGGAGUAUCUCUAUUGAUGUUUGUGUGAGAAUUGUCAGAAAAAUCGUCAAUCCAAGUAAGAGUAUACUAUAAUGUGCAAGGACAGGUAACCGCUGAACAUCAAAAAUGCAGGCGCAACACCCAAAUUUAUCUCCGCUUCAAUAAUACUGUAUGUAAAUUGAUACGGAGGAACAGAAGAAAGAAGGCGCAAAAAAUUGAUGGCCACGUCACGGGGGCGUGUAAAUAAGUCACGAAUAUCAGCUGUUCCCAAAUAUUCACUUACAUUCUCUUCAACUGGUUAAUGCAAGGGUAGUUAAGAGCACAUAUUUUGGGGUCACUUCUGCACAUUGCGUUUAAUAACAGCAUAGUGCUAGUUAUAUAGAUAUAGUGCCUAGCGCUCAUGCGUGAAAAGAGCGCGCAAUGUUUAAAUGGGGAAACUCUCGAAGUCAUGACAAAAGUCAAGCUGAAAAGUUGGUAAAUGAAUAAGAAACUACGAAUGGUAUGCUUCUCCUCCCAUUAGGAUAAAAUGACAUGGCUGCCAUGUUGGUUGACAUAACAAAUGAACCCAAGACCACAUUUUUGUCAAGGUCAUCGGGCUAUGACUUCACAUGCAACCUAAGAAUCGUAAGAAAAGUUUCAGUCAUUAAACCUUGUAGUGCUGGGGUCGACCUCGCAUCCCUCCUCUUCUCGUGUUUCUCCACAUCUAGCUAGCAUACAAAUUUUUCGCCCGCUGAUUGGCUAUUGUUUAUCACCAAUAAGAGGACUGAAAUAACCUGACUUCAACGAGCGCGCGCUCUUUCCGUUUUACCAUCCUGUAACCAAUAGGGAAUGUGCACGAGCACGAAUCUCUAGCACAAAGCAUGAUGGGAAACCGAGUACUAUACAAAUUAGAACAAAAAAAUCAAUAGAAUUAUCACAAAAAAUUUACUCUUCUAUUUUCGUCUGUUGAAAUACUUACUGUUUCAUAGGAAAUGUCGAAGGAAAAAUUGUCAGAGGAAUUUUUAGAGGAGCUAAAUAAUCGGUUCUCCGUCAUACUUUGUGCUAGAGAUUCGUGUUCAUGCACAUUAGCCUGGCUAGGAAGCUGUUUCAGGGUUCG